AUGGAAGCUAAACUUGCGGCCUUUGAGGCUUCAAAACGCAAACCAAAACCGGACCUUAAGAAAUUUAUUAAAAUUGGCUCAAGAUACUUUCACAUCGAAGAGAUGCACAAGUUGAAUUGGUAUGCCGCUUUUAAAGCCUGUAGAGAAAUUGGAGGAAGACUGGCUAUCAUUCAAAAUGAAGAAGAACUGAACAAAAUCAACGACCGGGUCGAAUGGCUAACCAACUACUGGCUGGGCAUCAACUCCUUGAUUGAAGCGGGUCGUUACAAGACCUGGCCCUAUGGAGAAAAACAAAGACCUUUUAUAAAGUGGUUGCGUGGUACUUUCCGCGACCACGAUUACGGCAGGAAAUGUCUGGUACUCCUCGAAUCUAAAAUGUUGGAUCGUGAAUGUGAUGAAUAUCGUCCCUUUAUAUGUGAGGCAGUCAUUAAAGAGUGA